UAAAUUACAAUCGCAAUGAACAAAAGACUAAAAAAGCCAGCUAAACCAGAAUCGCUGUGCAAAACGUCCGCGUGGACAAUAGGUGGCGCUGCCAUAAAAUUAGAGAAAAUCAUGGCGGAAGUAGGAGAGUUGCAGAAACUACAGCUUCUACAAGCGUUAACUCACCUGGUUUCUCGUGGACGCGAAUUGUUACAAAGUGUAAAUGAAGAAAGCAGGCGUGGUUUGUUGAAAGAUUUUGCUUUAAACAAUCUUAACAUUUUGUUUGGAUUUACUGAUGCCGGUGCAAACUUUCUUACAAGCUUGUCUGUGAAAAAGAGAAGCGAUGCUGAAAAAUUGUGGGAACAUUGUUUUCAAGAUGAAGAUGUGCGUGAUCAUGUUGAAGAAUUACUGCAACUUGAGGUGGAGUGGGAUGAGUUUUUACAGCAUUUGGAUUCAUCCUUAAAUCUCUGUGAUACGCCUAGUGUCCCCAUGGUACUGCUGGGAGGAUAUGUUCCAGGAGAUUUACAGCUUAAAGAUGCUAGAACAAAUGAACAACUAAAACUGAGCAGUUACUUUAGAAGAGGCACAAAGACACUGCUGGUCUUACUGAGGCAUUUUGCUUGACUGCCUUGACGUGAUCACAUAGCAGACCUUGAAAGGAACCAGAACCUUUUGGAUGCUGUACCUCUGCAUGUUGUGGUAAUUUCAUUUGGCUGUCAGGAGGGAGCACUGUACUGGCUUCAGGAGACGUCUUGUAAAUAUGAAAUGCUGCUCGAUGAAGAUAGAAAGAUUUAUCACACUUUUGGAUUGAAGCGAUUGACAAAGGUGUGGUCUUUCAGUAGCUUGUUCCUGUACGCCGAGUACAAAGCUUCAGGGCGUCCGUUCCCCCACACUCCUCUUGGGAUUCCAGAUGAUAUAUACCAGUUUGGUGGCGAUUUUGUUUUGGAUGAACAAGGCAAAGUCAUCUAUUUUCAUCCUAGCCAGAGUACUGCUGACAGGCCAUCUACUGAAGACCUCUUGAAAGCCAUUUGCUGUUAAGAUGUUCUUAAUAAUCUGUAAGAAAUUAUCAGAGAGUGGUAAUAUCAGCCUGUGUGAAUGAAGACAGUGCUCAAAGUCAUACUUGUGAAGAGUACUGUAUGAUGUGUACACAUGCCUGGAAAUACAUUCUUACCACUUAAAUCUAUCGAGAAUGGUAUCCUCAAAUGAUAGGUUGGUUUAAUUAAACGUAAAGUGGAAUUUAAAUUACCGCGAUGCUGUUAAACCUAUGUUAAAGAUUAGGUAAUGUAAUUGAUGAAUGGGUUUAAAUUCUGGGCAUUUUGUGGGUGGCUAAGGAAUGAGGGAAUAUAAUUCAGUUGUGUGAAGGUUGUAUAUCAAACAAUAAACUUCUGAAUAAGCAUACAUUUGCACAGAAGCACAGCAGAAGUUGAUUGUUUAAGGUUAACAUUAUAAAUACAUUGAGGGAAGAUGUCGCUAGCAUGAAUCUGCAAAACAAAAAGGUUUAACUCAGUGUUGAAAGGUAGAAAUUUUAGAAACAGCUUGUUUUGACUGUUGAGCCUAAGUGGAAGCUUUACUUUAUACAAAGUCUAUCCAUAGCAGCUCCAGUUCUGGAGGGUCAGAGGAGAUGCAGAUUUUCAUUCCAACCAGUUUUGUAAUUAGCAGUCAGGCCUAGCAAACAGUGAAACUUGGUAUUGAAUUAAAUGGCUUUUUAGUGCUUUCAUUCUUUUAAGACAAAUGUUUAUCACAUUGUAGAUUUUUCUUUUUCUCAGAACAUUAUCCAUAUGUUUUGUAACCUGGAUCAUAUUUGUAUUGUUUGGUCUUUCCAUUCACUCUCGCUUAUUUCAAAACAUUGUAUUAACACACACAUUUCAUGACACUUGUACACAGGUUUAAAUGGAAGCACAUUAGCUGGACAGCUGGUGGUUCCUUUGUCAUUUGCAUCUCAUUAUUGAGAGCUGGUGAAGAAAAUGGGCAACAAUUAAAAACCUAAUUGUAGCUGCUUAAAACUAAACUAGGCAAUUAAGGGUUCUGUGGCAUAACAAACACAUUAAUUAAAAGUAAGAACAAGAAACAUAUUGCUUUACUAGAAAAUAAAUGGGUUCUUUUUAAAAAUUUGGUUAAAGCAAAACACUGCAACCAUUGUGGAACUUUAGGACCAUAAUUGAGUACCCUGCUCUAUAGUGUACCUCAAUUCAAAGUGCUUUUACGGUUAAAGGGACAUAUUGUGGUGGUUUACAUCUGUUUUGUUUACGGUUAAGGGACCUGUGUAUGGCGUGAGGACUCAACUCACAGCCUUAGGGUUAAAAGUCUGUUUUACUAACCACAAGAUCACAGGGCCUAAAAACAAGAAAACCUGAAGGAUACCCUUUGCUAACCUGAACAUGACAGGCAGACAAUGGCUGGGCCAAGGUUUGAGUCCAGGGCGUUACAGUCAACCACAGCACUAUUUUUUUUUUUUACCUGGGGAUGGCAGACUCCUUUAGCUCAGACAAUCUGGAUAAGUACAAUUGUUGUUAAAUAUUUUAACUGUGAGAAGGGGGCAGGUGAAGGAAAACAUGUGGCUUGUGACUUAAACUCAGAUGACUCAGCCUCUAGAUGUGGAGCUGAAAAGGAAAGAGGACAAAAGAGAUGAAAAGGGUGAAAAGCCACGUCUCAGUGCAAUAAGUGAAGUGAUCGGAGUUCUAGAUUAGUGUGGCUAUGCACAGGAGAAGCAGAACUGCCAGUCGUAGUAUGUACCUGGAAACAAGGCACCUACCUCCCUGCUGUGAUCACAUAUGGUGCUUUGAAAAAAACAUAUGCAUCCUCCAUAAAAUGUGUUGUUAGAUUAUGAAUGAUAUAUCUUGUUCCAGUGCUCAUGAAAAAAAGUCACGAAGAGUUAUUUGUUAGCAGAUGCUAAAGUCUGUUGUUCUGCUUACACAGAUCCAUGAUGUAUAUGACUUCCUGCCUUGUCUUUAGCUUCUGCCUGUGCACCACUAUAGGGCAGUGAUAUUUUCUACAUAAAAACCCCAGUCUAAUUGGGGAUCAUUUUCAUACAGUAAGCAGGAGAGGUAAGUAUGAAAAUGAACACUAAAGAGCAUUCUAAGCAAGUCACUGGCUUUUUGUCCAGAAAUAAAAAAAAAGCAAAUUGAACAGUAGCCAUGUCUCAAGAGACAUAGUCCCUGCAGUGAAGUAUGGUGGUGGGGGCUUGCGAGUAACAGAAUUGGCACAAUGUGUUUAGAGCUGAAAGAAAAAUGGAUGUCAGACAGAACCAAAUAAUACUGCAAUUAGAGCUUGUUGUACUCUGCUGAAGAACUGAAGCGAAGGAGAAGUUUACUUUUCAGCAUGAGAAACACUGGGAUAGCUCAACAGUACAAUUGGGAGGGUUCUUCAGCAGCCCUAAAGAAAGUUUGAGGCAUAUAACUUGGCACAAAACAUUUCAUCAUUUUACACUACAUGAAAGUUUGCAAAUGCUGGACAGAUUUUAGGAUUAUUAUGGGAUGUUAUUGUCAUGUGUAGGCAGUACAGUUAAAUUCUUAUUUGUGUGUAUAUUUAACAUGCAAGAUGUCGACACUCUCUAGUACCAUGAACACUGAAUAGACCACCUACCUUGAAAAUUCUAUCAAGGAAUAUAAAUACAAAAACACUGAACAACCACCUGGCCUGAUAUUAAAUGUCCACGAGGACCAGAUGUCAAUGUGUGCAACUGUUCAUUAUUAUUAUUUUUUUUUUUUUUUUUACAGUGUGUACUUGCUUUGCAACAGGUUCCAUUGGAUUUUAAAUGUGCUAUUAUGAACAAUAUUGUUGUGCACUCUGUUCCAAAUUAUACAAAAUUACACACCAGUACGAUUUUAGUAAAAUUUAUUUUUAGUUUGUCAGUGAA